AUGGAAUUAUCAAAGGAGGAAUAUGACAGUGAGCAGAUCAGGCUUAUGGAGGAACGGUGCAUACUGCUCAACCCAGAUGAUUCAAUUGCUGGGGAUGUUUCAAAGAAGGAAUGUCAUCUCAUGUCGAAUAUAGAGAAAGGAAUGCUUCAUAGGGCUUUCUCAACUUUCUUAUUCCGAGAGAGUGAUGGCAGGUUACUCAUGCAGAAACGUGCCCAAGAGAAGAUAACUUUCCCUGGUUUAUGGACAAACACCUGCUGUAGUCAUCCACUCAGCGUUGUUAGCGAGAUGGAUGGCGUUCUCGGCGGCAAAAGAGCAGCAGUUAGAAAGUUAGAUCAUGAAUUGGGGAUUAACCAGAUCAACGUCGAUGACCUCGACUUCCUCACUAAAAUUCACUACUUGGCGCCUUCAGAUGGCCUUUGGGGGGAACAUGAGAUUGACUACAUAUACUUUGUCAAGAAAGAUGUCUCUGUGGAGGUGAAUGAAAACGAAGUCAGUGAUAUUAGAUGGGUUAGCGUGGAUGAGUUGAAGGAGAUGCUGUCAGAUGGUUACUCCCAGUUCACCCCAUGGUUUAGGAUUAUCGUUGAAAAUUUUCUAUUCAAGUGGUGGGAGAAAGGGGCAGAAGCCAGUCAAGAUGGUUUGUUACACCGACUCAUUUAA